AUGGGCUCCGAGUGGAUGGCCGGGCUGCCCGAGCCGCUGACGCGAAUACCCAUUUUUCAGUUGGCCAUUCCAGGUUCCCAUGAUUCCGGUGCUUCCUCGGCCCUCUCCAGCAAGUACCCAAUCGCCAACGACGAGGCGAGCAAUCGAUUUUUGAACUGUUUCGGCCGAUUGACAGUAUCCCGCCGCGUCGUCCGCCGCUGGGCCAUCACCCAGCACGCCUCCGCGAAAGAACAGUGCCAGAUGGGCGUACGGUAUUUUGAUUUGAGGGUCUCCAACCCGCCAAAACGCGGCCCAGACGGCUACCACUUGGUCCAUGCCCUCUACGGCCCCGAUUUUUUCGAAUUUUUGAGGGAAAUUCGAGAUUUCCUUGACGAGCACCGGAAAGAGGUGGUGAUCCUCGACAUGAACCACCUCUUCCAAAUCCAGCCGCGCGACCACGACGAGCUGGAGGAGCAGAUUGUUCGACUCUUUGGCGAGGACCGGUUUUGCAGGGAACUCCCGCACGAUCAGGUGACCCUGGCGAACUUGUGGGCCGCCGGGAAGCAGAUCAUUUGCAUCACGGCGCUUAAGGACUACCCUCAGGAUGGCCGAUUCUGGCGCGGGAAGCCGACGAUCUGCGCCCCGUACCCGGAGACGAACAACCUCGGCGAGUUGGUCGAGUUUUUGGAGGUGAUGCAGACCAAGUGCCGCCCCACCACGCUUUUUCAAUUCUACGUCACCCAGGGAAUUUUGACGGCGACGGGGAGGGAUAUUGUCCGAAACCCCUUCUCCUCGCUCGAGAAACAUCUGGCCACCAGGGCCACCGCGGCAAUUCGGAAUUGGUUGACCUCGUACCCCCACCCCGAGCUCAUCAACAUUGUCAUCGUCGAUUUCGUCGACGCGGAAUAUUGCCGGGAGGUCGUCGAGCUGAACACGAAGAAAUUAAAAUGCCUGAAA